CCUCGUUUCCGUGGUCACCAGAAAAUCGGUUCGCCGCUUGUUUCCUGUUGCAGCAAGGAGAGCGGCGGCGUCGAGGCAGACCGGGACGACUUAACACCAUCACCUACACAACAUCCACAAUACGAUGAAACUAUCAGCAAUAUUACCCUUUCUCUGUGACCGUAUCAUCUGCAUUACACUGCUGGUGAUGGGCCUCUCCACCCCUGGACAAGCAGAAAUCACUAGUUUGGACUCAGGCAACAUUGAUGACGUUCUUAACAAUGCUGGGGUUUCCUUAGUAAACUUUUAUGCAGACUGGUGCAGAUUUAGUCAGAUGCUCCAUCCCAUUUUCGAGGAGGCAUCUAACAUCGUGCGGGUGGAGUUCCCCGAAAUGAAGCAGGUGGUGUUUGCGCGUGUUGACUGCGAUCAACAUUCGGAUAUAGCCCAACGCUACCGCAUCACCAAGUACCCCACGCUGAAGCUGUUUCGCAACGGGAUGAUGAUGAAGAGGGAGUACAGAGGUCAGAGGUCAGUGGCGGCCAUUGCCGACUUCAUACGCCAGCAGCAGGUGGACCCUGUAAAGGAGAUUCACUCGCUGGAGGAGCUGAAAGCCGUGGAUAGAAGCAAAAGGAACAUCAUUGGUUACUUUGACAAGAAGGACACCGACAACUACCACUCUUUUGAAAAAGUUGCCAACAUUCUCCGAGAUGACUGCGUUUUCCUGGCUGCUUUUGGUUCCGCAUCCGAGUCAGAGCGCUUCAGCGGAGACAACAUCAUAUUCAAGCCGAUAGGGGAGAACGCUCCCGACAUGGUCUACCUCGGCUCCCUUACCAACUUCGACCUGACCUACGCUUGGGCCCAGGACAAGUGUGUGCCUCUGGUCAGGGAGAUCACCUUUGAAAAUGGAGAGGAGCUCACUGAAGAGGGGAUCCCGUUUCUCAUCUUGUUCCACCUCAAGGAAGACAAUGAGAGCUUGGAAAAGUUCCAGCACGAAGUAGCUCGUCAGCUCAUUAGCGAGAAAGGAUCCAUCAACUUCCUGCACGCAGACUGCGACAAGUUCCGCCAUCCUCUACUUCAUAUCCAGAAGACUCCUGCCGACUGUCCCGUUAUUGCCAUCGACUCCUUUAGGCACAUGUAUGUGUUUCCUGACUUCAAAGACCUCAAUAUUCCCGGCAACCUGAGACAGUUCGUGUUGGACCUGCACUCCGGCAAACUGCACAGAGAGUUUCACCACGGCCCUGACCCCACCGACAGCACGCCUGGACAGGAGGAGAUGGACGUGGCCAGCAACCCUCCAGAGAGCUCCUUCCAGAAACUGGCGCCCAGCGAGACUCGCUACACCAUCCUCAGACGGGACGAGCUGUGACCUCAGCGCCGCUUUUCCAAAGUCACCCUUUUCGGUUGGGUGCCACGCCACGGCGGGGGUCAGGGGGUGAAGCGGGGAGGGAGGAGGGGCCGGGGUCAGGACAGGCCGACCGGGACAGAACAGCAACACCCAACACCUUUACUGAAGACGAAGAACUGAAGACACAAAUGUUGGAAUAACCUAUAUUUUCUUAAACAUUUUUAUUUGGGAAUUUGAGGGCGGGGGUGUAAGUAAGCGUGUGGGUAGAAGUUUAAAAACAAGUCUUUUUACUUUCUUUUUUUUUUUGAGCUUGUACAUAUGUUCCAUGGCAUUUGUUGAUCUAAAUUAAAUGGUUGUUUUCUUUA